GUUCUCUAAUCAGCAGCGACCGCGCUCCAGGGUUCAGAGAGAAAGAGAGAGAGGGUGAAACAGCACACCAAUAGCCUAUAGUCCGACUUCGAUUAAUUAAUGUGUGGUUUUUGGAACUCACUUACCGGCGUGAGCUGCACUUCCCGGGUGGAGCGAGGCUCCCCUAGAAGCACUUCUGUUAUUCUGCUUGAAAGUGUCUCUUUUGUUAAUUAAAACACACCCAGCCAUAAGCACACUGUGGCAGGCAGGCAGGCAGCAGACUGGUGCUGGCGUGAAGGAAAGAGACGGACAAGAAGACGCAAAGAAGUGAUAGAAGAGAGGAACUGUGAAGACUUGGUGUGUUUUCUGGGAAGACAGACAGACAGACAAUCCAGAUGGCCGUAGCUCCGUUCAGCCGUAAGCAGUGGGCGUCUCAGUCCCUCAGGGUCACAGCCAAGGAGAUGUCCAUAGUUGGCUCCAGAGGCAAGAACAACGCCAUUGCAGAGCGCUUCUCCAGGUACAAGAUGGCCGCCGAGGAGGGGAGCACAGAGAGGAAGAGAACCGCUGUGGAGACCCAGACGCUACGUUGGGGGAAUCUGAGUGUGCUGAAGAAACAGUGGGAGCAGCCUGCAGCCCUGGCCUGUACCCCGACUCCCCACACUCAGCCCCAAGCUCAGGUCCAGUCCCAGGCCCCACAGCCCCAUCCAGCUCAGCCAGAGCCCCAGGUCCCCAGCCCAGGCCAGCCCCACCCCGGCAGUGAGCCCCAGCCUGACAUGGAGGGAGGGCCGCAGACAGACACACACUCACCAGUGUCGGAGAAGCCCAGCGUUCCCCUCACCAGCCUCAAGAUGAUGUUUGAGAAGGGAGCCAACAAAGUGACCCGAGAGACCGGGAGGAGUGGAGGGAACCCAGGCAUCACUGACAACAUGGAUCAUUUACUGGGAGACAGAGCGGACGCAGGGCUGCUGGAGAGCACAACCUUAAGAGACAGGAUGGCUCUGUACCAGGCGGCUGUGUCCAAACAGGAAGUGAUGUCCACCUCCAUCAGUAGUGACCAGCUGGACUCGGAUCUGCGAGGCAAACAGAAGGAGAACGUUCCUCCUGGUCCAGACUCUGAGCCCAACAGCAGGAAAGGUUCCACCUCAGACAGCAACGCUGGUUCUGGUACUGGGACGUCAGUGUCCUCCACCCAGAGAGAACCUGCUCAGGCCAAGAUCCCCAGGGGCUUCCGCCUGCCUGUUCAGGAGAGCUGUGUGUCGUGUCUGAAGACGGUGUACCCACUGGAGCGCCUGGUGGCCAACACACAGGUGUACCACACCACCUGUUUCCGCUGCUCCCACUGCAACACCAAGCUCAGCUUGGGGAACUACGCCUCUCUGCAUAGCCAUGUCUAUUGCAAGCCCCAUUUUUGUCAGCUGUUCAAGGCCAAGGGCAACUACGAUGAAGGUUUCGGUCUGCGACCUCACAAGGAGCUGUGGGAGACGAGAGGCGAGGCUGGGGAGGGUCCAGCCCCGGCCAAGUCCCCAACCAAGUCCCCGACCUCCUUAGAGCAGCUGACCAGCCCCACCGUCGAGGAGUCUCCCAUAGCCAAGGUCAAUAUCCUGACAGCCAGCCUGGAGACCCUGGGCCAGGGCUCAGCAGAGAAGGCAGAGCGACCCGCGGAGACCCGCCGGCUGAAGAUCACCUGGCCCCCACGCUCUGAGGCUGAGGAAGGGGCCCCGGGGACCAGCCCUGGCAGUGAAGGAGAGGCUUCCAAGCCCGCCCGUGCCAAGUGGCCCCCAGAGGAAGAGUCCCCUUCCUGGAACGAGACCCCUGAAACCAACCAGGUCACCCGGCUGUGUAGAAGCGCCUCCCUCAAAGAGCGCAGCAUGCCCUUCUCAUUGGCCAGUACUAACAGUAACCCCACCCCUUCACCCAAACGGACCAGCCCUCCCUGCGAUUGGCCGUCUAUGGAUGACAGACAGGCCAGCCCGGAACCCCAAAGCAUGGAGCUGCAGCCGAGCAGCCAAUCACCCGACGGGGCGACGCCCACCAACGACAGUUCGCUGGACAUCCAGAGUGGCUCCGAGGAGGAGGGCGGUGACCCUCGUCUGGAGGAGGAGGACCAGGAGGCUCUGGGAGGAGAGCCGGAACAGGAGCCGGAAGGCGAGGGGGAGGAGAUGGAGGGUGAGGAGGAGGAGAUGGAGGGAGCAGAGGAGGAAGAGGAGGAGGGAGAAGAGGAGGAGUUGUCAUCUCUGGAACACCAGGCCAGCUCCUUGUCUCCGGAGCCGGCUGGAGAGACCGUCACGGUCUUGUCCCAGGAUGUGGGCUUCUGGGAUGGCGAGGAGGCCAGGGAGAAGGAGCGAGAGGAGGUGUCCGUGGAGGACAUGAUCAAGAGGAACCGCUACUAUGACGAAGAGGACUGACACUGUCCAGAGUUUCCUGUCAACAGACUCUCUCAUUCCGUAUGUAGUCUAGACUUGGCCUAGCGAUGAGCCUACUAAAGGACCACUGAGUGUACUUACUUAAAGGAUGACUGUGUGUUUAGUGCGACACCUGGUGUGUAUGUGUACAACUCUUUGACUGUUUUAUCUGUGCCUCUGAAUCUGAACUGUGACAGAAGAACAAAAGCAAUCGUACAUGUACUAGACUUUAUUAGAAGUGUCAUUGCUCUGUCAUGUUUUUAGUUAUGACUUCCUGCCAUGUCUGAUAGUUACAUUUAAUGCACAUUUUUGACUAACGUAUAUCCAUAUAUGACGAGAUGUUUAAGGUUUAGCUGAGUGUGACUACCCAUUGUGAUCCUCGCAAGGAGGUAUUACUAGGAAAGUGUCCACUGAUUAUGACUCCACAGGAUGUGCCCCCUGUUCUACUACCUUGGUGUUUUCUCUGUUUUUCUCUGUUUUUCCACAUUAAAUAUCAUAGAUGUUGGAGCUA